AUGGGAGCUAAUUGUUCAAAUUGUAAUUAAUGUUAAAAAGAUAAAAUGGAAUUAAAUAACGAAGUAGAAGUGACUAAAAAGUCAGAAAGUCAUAAAGUAUCAUCCUUUUCACAAUAAUCAUCGAACAGUUUAAUCGAUGGUGUAAUUAAAUUGAAAUUUAUUGAAAGAAUGAUUUAAAGUAGACAAAGUGCACUCCUAAAGAAUAAAAGAACACAAAGUUUUCGGUAUUCUCAGAUGAUCAAGAGAAAGAAAAAAAUAAACAGAAUAAACUAAAUGAUAAGGCAAUUGUGAUAUAGAAAAAUUGGAAAGCUCAUAAAGCUAGAGAAAGUUAUAAAGAAGUCAAAAAAUCAUUAUCAGAGUCAUAAAAAGCAAAUGAAAAGCAAUAAUAAUAAUAAUAAUAAUAAAAUGAUUAAGCUACAGUAGCCAGUAAGGAUAAAAAGAAAUACUUUAACUCAUUAGAAUUUGGAAGUAUUAUUAGAAAUUAUUAAAAUAAUAGUGAAUAAUACGAAUAAUGUUUAAUCUAGGGAGAAACGACCACUUUUUGUAUUUAAAAGUGGUGCCACUUAUGAAGGAGAAUGGGUGGGAAAUAAAAGAGAUGGAAAAGGUGUUUAAAUUUGGCCUGAUGGAGCUAGAUAUGAUGGAGAAUGGGUUGAUAAUAAAGCCUGUGGAAAAGGUAGUUUCUAUCAUGUAGAUGGUGAUUCUUAUAUUGGAGAAUGGGCAGAUGAUAGAGCCAAUGGUUAUGGAGUUUAUAGAUAAAGCAAUGGAGCUGUAUAUGAAGGAUAUUGGCGAAAUGAUUAAUAACAUGGAAAAGGAGAGGAGAAAUGUAAUAAAUUUAAAUUAAUAAAUUUAGGGUCUGAUUUAUCUAGUUAUAAAGGGGAUUAUUUUGAGGGUAAAAAAUAAGGGAAAGGAAAGUAUAUGUGGCCAGAUGGGAGUUAUUUUGAAGGAGAUUGGUUUGAGAAUAAGAUAAAUGGAUAUGUAAUGAUUAUUAUGUUGAUGUAAUUAGGGAGAAUAUUAUUGGUCAGAUGGAAGAAUAUAUAAAGGGUCAUGGUAAAAUAAUAAAAUGCAUGGAGAAGGUGUAUAUUAAUGGGCUGAUGGGAGAAUAUAUCAUGGUUCUUAUGUAGAUGAUAAAAAAUAAGGGAUUGGAAAAUAUAAGUGGCCAGAUGGGAGAUAAUAUGUUGGAGAAUGGUAUGAUGGUAAAUAACAUGGAAAAGGAAAAUACAUAUUACCAGAUGGAAAGACUAAAUUUGGAAUAUGGGAUUAAGGUAGGAGAUUAAAAUGGACUGAAGAAUGA